AUGGUGACUUCUUCUACGACGUCGUCUCUUGUCCCAAUCAAUUGGAUUUCUGCAAACUCUCGGAAGAGCAAGAGCAAGAAAAUUGUGAUUGCUGAUUCGGUGGCCUCCGAGGGGCUUCAACUCUGCGCUCAUAGUCUGGUUGGGAAGCUCUACUCUGAUAAACCGGUGAAGUUGUUUGGGAUGAGAAAGACACUCAGUGAGGCAUGGGACUGUGAUGGUUUGCAGAUGUAUCAGAUUAAAGAGCUUAUGUUUCAGUUUCUUAUUCCUCUGGAGGAGGAUAGUGAGCGCAUCUUGCGCAAUUAUCCCUGGAGUUUUGAUGGAGACCUUCUCUCGAUCCAACAAUGGGUUCCAGAGUUUCAGUUCUAUCCCGAAUCUUUUCGUUCUGUACCCUUUUGGAUCCGAAUUACCAAUGUUCCCUUGGAUUUGAUGACAGAAGGGGCGCCUAAGGAAUUAGCUUCCUCUUUUCUGACUUGUGAGAAAGUUGAAGUUCACGAUUUGGGUUUUGCCGGGGGACGUUAUAUUCGUAUUCGGGUUUGUGUGGAUGUGUCAAAGCCAUUUAGACGAGGGCUCAGGAUUGUUCAUGAGGGUAAACGAAAAUGGACGAAAUUGCGCUAUGAACGUCUCCCUUCCCUUUGUUAUUUUUGUGGCAGAGUUGGUCAUGCAGUUCGUUGUUGUCCGUCCAAGCUUGAUUCUGAUCCAAUUGAUGAUCGGCAGUUUGGUUGUUGGUUGAAAGCUUCGGGAUUGGUUGGGAAACUUCUUAAGAAUCAGAAAGGAUCCAGUUCGGCUAACUCAUCUUUCGGCCCUUUGCCGUGA